GUUCACUGCAUGACAGUGGCGAGCCUGUGCCUCCCGGGCGUGCGGCGUGGGUGAAGGCAGAUCUGACUCUGGUUUAAGCCCCCUCACACUCCCUCCGCCACCCCAGCCGCUCCGUGCCGCCACGUUUUCACCUCCCACCUUCUCCACUCUCAGCGGUCUCAGGGGCUACACCGCUCUGGGGAGAGGAGGUGCCCACUUCGGGUCUUACCGGCUCGGACUGCUGGAACCUCGGGAGGUGUCCCGUUUCGUUUUGUUUUAUCUCCCCCGCUUUUAAAAGUCCCGUUUGGCGACGGGUGUGUGGCGGCGGGGAAGGAUGAGAAACUCCGUUCUUCAGCUCUGCCUCUGGAGCGCCUAUUGUUGCUUUGCCGCGGGAGGCCCCGCAACCCUCGGUCCAGAGGGACCGUUACAAGAUGAGCUCCGUGAACCCGAGGACGGACAGGCCGUUGACAGACCCGCCGUGCGGUUUAACCUCCGCACCUCCGAGGACCCUGAGCAUGAAGGAUGUUACCUCUCCUUUGGCCACAACCAGACCCUAGAAGACUGUGGCUUCAACACGACAGCCAAAACCUUUUUCAUCAUUCAUGGAUGGACGAUGAGUGGCAUAUUUGAACAGUGGCUGUACAAGCUCGUGUCAGCCCUGAGGACGAGAGAGAAAGAAGCCAAUGUCGUGGUGGUUGACUGGCUGCCCCUGGCUCACCAGCUUUACACGGACGCGGUCAACAACAUCAGGGCGGUGGGGCAGAGCAUCGCGAGGCUCCUGGAUGGGCUGCAGGAGAAGGAUGAUUUUUCUCUUGGGAAUGUUCACUUGAUCGGCUACAGCCUUGGAGCUCACGUGGCCGGGUACGCCGGCAACUUCGUGAAGGGCACGGUGGGCAGAAUCACGGGUUUGGAUCCCGCCGGGCCCAUGUUCGAACGGGCGGACAUCCACAGCCGGCUGUCCCCCGACGACGCGGACUUUGUGGAUGUCCUCCACACCUACACGCGCUCCUUCGGCUUGAGCAUCGGGAUCCAGAGGCCCGUGGGCCACAUCGACAUCUACCCCAAUGGGGGCGACUUCCAGCCAGGCUGUGGACUCAACGACGUUUUGGGGUCAAUUGCCUAUGGAACGUUCGCAGAGGGGGUGAGAUGUGAGCACGAGCGGGCCAUAUACCUCUUUGUCGACUCGCUGAUGCAUCAGGACAAGCCGAGCUUCGCAUUCCGGUGCACGGACUCGAACCGCUUCAAAAAGGGGAUCUGUCUCAGCUGCCGGAAGCACCGCUGUAACAGCAUCGGCUACAACACCAAGAAAACGAGGAACAAGAGGAACAGCAAGAUGUACCUAAAGACCCGGGCGGGCAUGCCUUUCAGAGUUUAUCACUAUCAGAUGAAAAUCCACGUCUUCAGCUAUAAGAACACGACGGAAAUCGAGCCCGCCUUUUAUGUCACCCUUUAUGGCAUCAAUGCAGACUCCCAGAUGUUGCCUUUGGAAACAGUGGAGCAGAUUGGGCUGAAUGCCACCAACACCUUCCUGGUCUACACAGAGGAGGACUUGGGGGACCUGAUGAAGAUCAAACUCACCUGGAAGAGGGCAUCUCAGUCCUGGUACAGCCUGUGGACUGGGUUUCGCAGCUUGCUGUCUCAGUCCCCAAAGUCCAAGCAGGAAGUGAACAUCAGGCGCAUCCGGGUCAAGUCUGGGGAAACCCAGCAGAAAUUUGCUUUUUGUGCAGAAGACCCUGAGAACACCAGCAUAUCCCCCGGCCAAGAGCUCUGGUUCCACAAGUGUCUGGACAGAUGGAGACUAAUAAAUGAAACCAGGCAAACCGUGGAGCUUCCCUGAGGGCGCCAGCAAGGCCCCCGCCCCACUGUCCAAGCACAUGGAGGAAAGUUACUGCUGAGGACCCACCUGACGGAAGGACUCCUCUUGGUCUUGACCCUGGAGCACAGGGAAGAGCCUUCUUGGGGGGCCCAGGACCUUGAUCGCUACAACUGAGACUUCUCGCCAGAGGGGACCGUGCGCUGCUGUUCUUGCUGCUCCUGCUGCUCCUGCUGCUCCUGCUGCUGCCCUAGAAUAGCUUGAAGGCCAGAUCUGUGGCAAACGCCUGGCCUCUUGUGCACACCGGGCUGGCUCUUGUGACUGGGUGAGCCUGUGCUUUGCUUGACAAGGGGCAGUGGCUCUGCGUGGAAGGCUGCCAGCUGCCUGGCCCCACCUGAGCCACUGGGAGGCCGUCCCGCUGGGAGCUGACUCAUGUCGGGAUGGCAGACCUGUGUCCUUGUUCACCCAGACACAGUCGAUCUGCGGCAAGGCUGAGGCCCUCGCUGUUGGGGGUCAAUGAACUUCACUGGUCAAUAUCGGUCAAACUUUUUUUUGACCUUCUGCCCUGCUCCUUAACUCACUCUUGAAAGCACACGUUGGCUUUUUUAUUUUUCUAUUGCUCAUUUUUUUUGACUGGACAAUUUUUUUAAGCACUUAACCUUAAUGGGGUUAGGAUUUCUAGGCUCCCUUCACAUUUAGAUGACCCAUGAAUAUAUAUGGGAUGAAGGCACAAGGGACAUUGCGGGGAGCCAGAGGAUGCAAGAGUUGGGGGCCCUGAGGCUUUCAGCGGUUUCUGCCCACCUCUUCCCAGUUGACAUGUACAUUCCCCCUGAGAGUGGCCUGGUUGAUGGCCAGCAGAGUAGUAAGCAGGUACCCUGCAUGCUGGGGACCAGAUGGUGGCCAACUGCCAGAUACGGUUGCUUUGGAGCAUAAUCUCUCCUGUCCAGGAAGGUAGAAGGUGUCACAUAUGUGAUGCAUGUCUGUUUACCCAGAACUGUCACCUGUCGAAUGGCGGGUGCUCAGAUGUGACCCAGCGUUUUUCCUUCCUUGGAACAUCUUGUUAUAACACCAGCCUCUUGUCUGUGUUGAACUUCUUCAGAAGCCCCCAGCUCUUCAUUUGAGUUACUAUACAUGAUACCUGAGAAACCCUUUUUCACUUUGCAAAAGAUUUUCAUGUGGGUCACCUCGUUGGAGAUCAAAGACGGGAGGUGAACAGGGAAGCCAUUACCUCCAUUUCACAAAACCAAUGCUCCGUGAGGGUCAGCCACGUGCCUAGCAUUGUAUACCUAGUUGGUGCUGGGGCUCCGUGAGGACCCAGAAUUCCUGGAGGCAAAGUCCUUGGUGUGUUCGUCUCUGCAACUUUGCAGAGACUUCCACAACCCUUUCUCACCAGGGAGCCCUGCAUGUGACAAGUAGAGAAUAGUGUUCAAAGCCAUCCC